AAAGCUCAGAGCCCUCCUUCAUGGAGCAGAUGUACAAGGGCAGGAAAAUCUGGAAUUUUUAAAAUGUGAUUACUUUGCUCAAAGAAGUGUUUUAUGUACCGCUUUUAUCAAUAAAUAUACCCCAAUACACACAGGUCAUGAAGAUAUAGGUUUCAUGGUGUAACAAAUUUAGAUUUCUCAGAUGUACGCGGAUAAAGACCAAGGUUCUGAAACAGCGUAGCGAAAUGGCUACCUGCUAUAUCUUAAGAUGUUAGCUGAAAGUGGCGUUUGUGACUGUGUGUUACAGGGACGUUGAAAGUGACCCUAGGAUAAGUGGAAACUAGGUAAAGCGAAGAUGGAUGCUCCGUCGACAAGCAGCGCUGUCACCACCACCACCACCACUGCACCAAAGCCUAAAAUCGACCCUUUGCAACUGCUGAAAUGCCUCAGUAUUCUACUAAAUCCUCGAGGAGGCAUACGAGGUGAAACAGAGGUUCAGCGUGUGAAAGGGUUGAUGGCUAAAUACUCCAAAAAGCUUGUUAGCAAAUGCAUCUACCUCAAUAUUCUACAGGCCACUGAACUUCCUCUGAUUGACCUAUUUUACGAGGAAGGCGGCUGGGAGCUUGUUGGUGUGUGGCUGCAGGAGGCAGUGAAUGCUAAAAAUUGGCCGCUAGCCACUCAAGUGCUAAGCCUUCUGGAGUCAUCACCCAUGACAGUGGCCCGGCUCAAACGCAACACCACCCCUAAGCUCGUCAAGGAGCUCUCUAAGGAUCCCAGCAGUCCAGGUGUCCAGCUGGUGGCCAAGCAUUUAGUAUUAAAGUGGAUGGAAGUAGUGCGUCAAGGUGAUGGAGUAGCCACAGCUGCAGGAGUUGGUCUGGCCAACUCAAUUGCUAACUCUACUGACGAAGAUAGUACUGAAAUUCCUUCACAAAAGGCAGAGGUACCAAAGGAAAAAACAAAAGUGGAUGGUGAGGAUGAGGUAGAGGAUGGGACAAACACAGCAACAGCAGACUCCUCACAAGGAGAGGGUGGUGAUGGUAGUUCCUCUUGUCAAGAUGAAUCUUCAAAUACUUCCACAGAAAGUGACACCACACCUGCCCCCACCACACCCAUUCGUAUCACCAUUCGCAGUGGAUCACAGGUGCUGGCUAAAGUAUCUUCACAGCGCCUCAGCCAGGACUCGACAGACAGUGAUGACAACAAACCACUCAGUGUUAUCAAACAGGAAGCAAAGAAGGCUCGCACAUUUGUAUCAGAUGAUGGCGAUGCCAAUGAUAGUGAAAAUUUGACCACUGCUUCAGCAGAAUCAGUGGAUACUGGUGAUGAAACUUUAGCCAAUGCUGCACCAAGUUCCUUGGAAACUGAAAGUGGUGCUUCAGAAAAUAUUAAAAGCCCAUCAGGUAUUAACAUUAAUCCUGUUAAGAUAAAUACAGCAACCAUGGCCACCAGUACCACAGUAUCAUCAACAGAGUCAACCACCACCACAACUACAGCUUCAGCGAUUCACACUAUAGUAACAUUCACCGGCAGCCUUACUGCCACUCCUACGCCUGUUCCUACCUCCUCACCUGUUGCCACACAGAGCAGUAACACAUCUCCCCCACCAGAUACCAAAACCCAGAGAACUCAAGAAAAGAAGAUUGAAACUGUAAAUGGUGUGAGUGUUGAUAACAAAUUGGAAUCUGUGACAAGUAUUAGUGUAGAUAAAGUGGAAAAGGGUAACAAGUCAGAGGUGAAGAGUGAAGUGAAGAGCGAAGUAAAGAGCGAGAAAGUCAAGAAAAGUGAUCACAGUAAAGAUAAAGACAAAGAAAAGGACAGAGAGAAAGAAAAAAAAUCGAAGGACUCUGAGAAAAAGAAAGAUAGAGACAGAAGUAAAAGUUCCAAAGGUAGUAGUAAUAGCAACAGUAGUAGCAGUAGCAAAUCUGACAGAGACAGAGAAAAGAAUUAUAAAGACCAUGAAAAAUCUAAAAGUGAUAAACAUAGACAUAGUGGCAGUAAAGACAAGGACAGGAGUGACAAAGAUAGAAGUAAAAGUAAAGAUAAAAAGAGUAGUAGAGAAAAGGAGAAACACAGAGAUAAGGAUAAAGAUAAAGAGCGACGUGAGGACAAAAAGAAAAAAGAACAACAAGAAAAUGAAGAUAAAGCCACGUUAGAAAAAGUUAAGCCUCUGAGUGUAGAUGGUUUAGCCAAGAUCCCUAGGAAACAAGCACCAGCCAGUUUCCUUGAUGCUUUGGGGUCUGCUGAUGUUGAUCUUCAGGAGGCCAAAAAGCCCACUGUUAAGACAUACAAGUCUCGUGGGUUUCGCAAUACAGGAUUGUUGGACGAGCCCACCAAGCUGCCGGGAGUGGCAGGAAAGAAGGCAGCUGAGAAGAAGCCUUCAGCUGGUGGGGGAGGCAUUUCUGCUGGGGCAAAGCGCCCAUCGCCUCUUGAUGACCUAAGUUCCACACCACCUGACAAACGCAUCCGCUCUACAUGGUCUUCGCUACCACUCAACACCGACAAGCCAGGAGGAGUCAAGCUAAUAUCGCCCAAACGACCGUCUCUGUCUGACGAUGGUGGGUUCAUGGCGGCGCUGACGGCCGCGGGAACUGACACACGGAAAAAGGUUACCCGGAAGAGGAAGUCAAGUGAGGGUGAUCCCAAGAGCGAGGUGAAGGAAGAAGAGAAGGAGGAGGAGGAUGCUGUUUCACCCACUGUAACUACUACUACUACCAAGACUGAGGAUGGCAUCCUCUCACCCACCAGCGUCAAACCCACCUUCAAUUUCUAUCAAGAGACGCUGAAAGACGACAAUGACAAUGACGAUGUAGCCAAGAAUGACAAUGACGAGACAGAAGCGUCAGAAACCAGCGAGCCAAUGGAUACGGGAGAUAAAGGAGAAGGAGAGGAAGACGUCAGUAAACCAAGCGAGAGCCAAGAUGGUGACGAGGAUCUUAAGGUCUUGGGAGCUGAGGAUGACACCACCACUACGAAUAUGGAUCUGGAUGAAAGUGAGGAGAAGGAGACAUCAAUACAGCCUGGGGGUGGUGAUGGUGGCUGUGAUAGUGAUGCUGCAGUUAAGGAAGACACCAUUCCACAUGCACCAGCUGUACCUGCUCCAGCACACGAAGAUUAUGAGAAAGUGGAGGUAACAUUCUCGUCACCUAUGCCUGACAGCAUACGUAGCGUCCUGGUCUACCAUCGCCCAGCCAGCCGUAAAAAGAAAGUGGUGAAAUGGAAAACUGAAGAUGAUCUUAAGGAAGUCUUCUUAUUUGAACUGGAUGAAACUGAGAGAGUGAAUGUAAAUGCAAUAAAGUUUAAUGAACUGAUGGUAAUGGAGAAACAGCGAGAACGUGAAUUCAUGGGCAAAAACCGAGCCUUGCAUGGAAACGUGGGACUGCUGGGAGGAAAUAUGAACAAUUUCAGUGGUAUGGGAGAUGACAUGAUGGGUGGCAUGGGCAUGUAUCAGAAUGUGAACAAUGUGCAGGAAUUUAUGAGAUGGUCCCUGCUACCUGUCAUGCUCACUGGCCAACCAAACAUCACACCUGGGUGCAGAAGUCAAGAACGGGUCAUCCAGGCAGCUCGAGAGAGCUCGACUAUGGCUGCCUUCUUUCAUCCAGCUAUGCUUCCAGACUCUCCUCGUGAGCCAGACCCAGAGAUGGUGGUUAGAGCAGAAAUCAAAGAAAUCCCAUUACAUGAUAUUUCUGGCCAAGACAACUUACAUGACCAUCGCAAUAAGUUAUGGCCAGAACCUUCCAUAAAUGAACCCAUAAAUUAUGGUUAUGGUAACAUGGGUGCUAUGGGAGGGAUGCCCAUUGGCAGUGGCACUGGUGGCUCACAUUGGGUCGUAGGAGGUCCACCAAGUGGCGCAUUUACUGCUGGUCCCAUGUAUGGACCUGGUGGACCAAGUGGAUAUGGUGGACCUGGCAACUAUGGUGGGGAUGCAAGUGGAGGAAUGGAUGGCCCAGGCUGGGGUGGUCCAGGGACAGAUUUUCCUAACCAGAAUAUGAUGAUGGGUGGUGGAGGUCAAGGUAUGAUGAUGGGAGGAAGACCAAACAUGUCCCGGGGUAUGAUGCAAAACAUGGGGAUGGGAGGAGGACCAAGAUUCCGUGGACGAGGUGGUAGCUGGGGACCCCCCAGGGGCCCACCACCACCCUGUAAACAUUUUAUGAAUGGCCAUUGCCGACAUGGGAAGAACUGCAAGUUUCUUCACUCAAAGCAAUAUUAACCCUGUGAGACGACUACAAGUUAUGUACAGGCUCAGUAACCUACCUAAGAUUGCAGAUUCUCUUAAAGAGAACAACACAGUUAUGUUAAUAGUUAAUUUCUAUUAUUGUUAUGUAAAUAUCUGUGUGGAGUUACACAAACUGUAAAUACUGUUGAAUAAAUUAUUCAGUAAAAGGCUACUAUGUACAGUAUAUAAUUUUCUGUAUGGAAUAAACUUUUGUAUAAUAAAUUGUUUUUUGGUGUAA